CUACGUGGCCACAUUGGAGUCCCUUGUUCUCCUUCAUCCUACUCGAUUCGACACUUCUACCCAUUGAAGGUGUUCAGAGAGCAACAAUGGCGUUGAGGCUGCCAAUUACACAGCAUUCGGCACCUGGCAAGUUCAGUCAUCAUUGCACCAAAACCCCAGAUAAUAGCCAUACCGCACUGUCAUGGCGGCGCACUCUAGCUCCUGACUCUCGCAUAUGUUAUUCGGUUUCCGCACCCAUUUCUCCAUCUUCCACCACUGGGAAAUCCUAUGGGAUGACGUGCACUUCAGCUCAGACAACAUCAGCGGGGGUAGUGAAUCUAGGACCAGGGACGCCGAUCAGGCCAACGAGCAUUCUAGUGGUUGGUGCCACUGGAACUCUGGGAAGGCAGGUUGUGAGGCGGGCGCUUGAUGAAGGCUAUGAUGUCAGGUGUCUUGUCAGGCCUAGACCUGCCCCUGCUGACUUCCUUCGCGAUUGGGGCGCUACGGUUGUCAAUGCAGACCUUAGCAAACCGGAGACCAUACCCGCAACACUAGUCGGUGUUCAUACUGUCAUCGACUGUGCCACAGGGCGUCCAGAAGAGCCCAUUAAGACGGUAGAUUGGGAAGGAAAAGUUGCUCUUAUACAAUGUGCAAAAGCAAUGGGAAUCCAGAAAUAUGUAUUCUUUUCCAUCCACAACUGUGACAAACAUCCUGAAGUUCCACUAAUGGAGAUAAAGUACUGCACUGAGAAGUUUCUUCAGGACUCGGGCCUAACUCACAUCACAAUCCGGUUAUGUGGUUUCAUGCAAGGCCUUAUUGGGCAGUAUGCAGUGCCUAUUCUAGAGGAGAAAUCUGUUUGGGGAACAGAUGCCCCAACAAGAAUUGCUUACAUGGACACCCAGGAUAUAGCUCGCUUGACAUUUAUAGCCCUACGCAAUGAGCAAAUUAAUGGGAAGCUUCUCACUUUUUCUGGCCCUCGUGCAUGGACAAGCCAAGAGGUGAUAACAUUAUGCGAGAGGCUUGCAGGGCAAGAUGCAAAUGUUACUACAGUUCCCGUCUCUGUCUUGAGAUUUACUCGCCAAUUGACUCGAAUUUUUGAGUGGACAAAUGAUGUUGCUGAUAGAUUGGCAUUUUCAGAGGUCCUUACAAGUGACAUUGUUUUCUCUGUUCCGAUGAGUGAGACAUAUAAACUUCUUGGUGUGGAUGCAAAAGAUAUAGUCACCCUAGAGAAGUAUUUGCAAGAUUACUUCACAAACAUAUUGAAGAAAUUGAAAGAUCUCAAAGCACAGUCAAAGCAAACUGACAUCUACUUCUGAGUGAAGACCAUUUUGUAAUUGUAAAUGGCCCCCAUGUACGUAUUUGACAAGUUUGAUACCUGAUAACGCUCCUCUAAGAGGAAUACCAUUAAUUUGGGCCCCUUACCUCCCUAUUUUGGUUUCA